AUGUGUCCAAACUUGAAGCAUAGAGGUGGCGAGCAGGAAGACGAUGACAGGGAGUGCCUCCGCCCUCAAGGUCUCAAGUCCCUCCCCACCACGUCACACUCUGUUGACUUCGCAUCACUGAGGUCGCCCCAGCACCACCAUGCUGCUAGUGGGGUUCAAGACCUUGAGGAGUUCAUCUUGCCCUCUACCCCAGAUCCUCUCCCACCAUCGUCCUUCCAUUACUUUCUGGUGCAUGUUGUUUACAUGCCAUUCGCCCCGUCGUUCACCCUGCCCUUUAUCCUGGACCCUCUCCCACCACCAACAUUUGUUUGCUUUCUUUCACAAAGUUCAAUUCCAACACAAGCGAAAAUGUCCUGGGGGACUGCACUUACAUGCUUCAAAGCAUUCACCUGGCCUGGCGAUGAAGUUGAUCUUUGUCCACAUGCCGAUGGUCGGUUCGGCCUUGCCGAUUGCUUCCAAUGGCCUCAAACAUAUGAAAAAAACUACAAAUAUGCUGUUUGCAUACCUCAAAAAAAUAUGGUCCCUACUCUCAAUAUUGCUUGGUUCACUCUGACAUCUGUGGAUUUUGUCCUUCCACUCAGCUCUGUGUAUCCGGUGGGAACACUUGAAGAGACAAAGGUCAAGGCCUUUGAAGAGCUACUUCAGCAACUGCACAGCCUGCUACCACCCCCUCCGCAAUUGACCUGUGGGUCAAGACCUUAUGACCCAACUAGUGCACUUCAGUGCAAGCUGCUUGACAUUUACGCUUUGCUCGAAUACAUUGAGAUCCUCUACCCUGCUUCUUUCAUCUCCCCUGCUCAAAACCUGUACACACAAACCCCACCUGGAUGGGGUGCUUCACGAAGGAUACUGCCACUUGUGAAGCACUUCUGGCUCAUGCAUACCGAGGUGUACAUCUCCCCUGAUAUGAAUAUCAAGGAGCCUGUGAGAUUGACAUGCCCUGAAGACAUAGUGAAAGCUAUGUAUUCCGAAAAGGGGGUAGCUAAGCCAUUCCCAUCAAUCUACCGUGGUGCUGGCAGUCUCCUGCACCAAAUUCACACUCACAGGGACUAUGAGGGUACAUUUGCAGAGCAACCAGAGCCCCUGCAAGAAUCAUUUGCCACAUCCUUGUCGAACCCAUCUUCAAGCACUGGGAAGCAAUCAAUGAAAAAGCAGACAAGGGCUGCCAGGGAACAAGCGACUGCAGGCCCCUCCAGAGCUUCGCACCCCAAACAAUCAGGUGGUGGGGACUCGGCAAGGUGGGAAGAGCCUGAUCUUCCAGAAAUUCCCAAGCCCCACAGUCUGUUUGCAUUGGCUUGGAGGAAAGCUUCAAAGGAUAUAUCCAGAGUCAAGUCAGGCAUUGUGGACCCUGGUUAUCACUUUCCGAAGCCCACACUGUUGGUCAAUGUGACCACCCCUGAACUGAAAGAAGACGUACAUGUUGAAUUGGCUCUCUGCUCGCCUGGCUUGGAUGAAUUCGAGUUGACAUUUGGUCUCUGCAGAAGAGCCCUUCCCCUCAGAUGUGGAGGGACUUCCUCAAUGGUACUGACACAGAGUGCUUGCCCUCUGGCACCCAGAGUGCAUCCACGAAGUUGGUGGUUCAGGCGAAUUUUGGGGGACAUCAUUCAAGCAGCUUAUGAUGAUCCUGUUCAUAUGUCAGAAGAGAUUGAGUGGAGGGGAAUGCAGCAGGUCCGGGCUUCGAGCCUUUCAGACCCACCCCUUCAUUUCACAUGUUCCCUUCUAUGGGAACUCUAUGAACUCAACUUCUACUAUGAACUUCAUGCACUCGAUCAGGCCCUUGUCCUGCAGCUUUGGCCUGAUAGCCUAGAUAAGUAUAUGCGCCAAUCACUUCUUUGGUCUAUCUUCCCUGGUGGAUGUGGUCUUUCAAGUUGGUCGGCACCUCUUCCUCAGGAGCCACAUGAUUUGGGGUUGACUGCUAGUGCGAUGGAGGUGGCAUUGCCAUAUCUGAACAAGUUCUGUCAGUUGCUAUCUGCAUGGCCAGGAGCACCCUUUCGUUUGAAGUCCCCAAUCGAGCUGGAUGGCUCUGGCAACCAAGCAGCAUAUGAAGCCUUCAUCUUGGCUUGUGAAUUCUACAUCCAAACUGCAUUUGAUUAUCUUGGGCAUCAACCAUCCCUCCCCUGCAUUUUUACCUUUGUCUGA